AUGGCUUCCAACGGUGGUACCGCUCGUGUGUCCUGGCAAGAGAAGCUCAGUGAACACUGCAGACAAUCGAAACUCCAAGCUCCCAUCUUCAGUCUCGUCUCGGACCGCCGAGGCGGCCGCACAGCAUGGUCUAGCAGUGUGAGCAUCCAGGGAUCGAACUUUUCAGCCCGCUACUUCUAUGCCGGAGAAUACAUCAACAACGCCAAAGAGGACGCAGCCGAAGUGGCCUUUACCCAAUUGAACUCGCAGCCUCGGCUGGCUACCACUCUACCGGGACAGCUAUACGCGCAGCCAAAGUAG